UUUGUUUUUUUUUGCAUCAUUUUUCCUUCCCGGCAGAAGGCACGGGUCCAGAAGCACUGGCAGUGGUGCAGGUGGUCCUCUCAUUAGGGCCCCAGCAGGAAUGCCCGGUGCUCCUGCUGGUCAACGACCUGAGAAAAAUAACUCUCCCGUUCUUGAAGGUACUACUAGUAGAUGCAUGAGACAUCACAACGCAAUCAUUUGCAAGUAUCGAUAAUUUUCUUCAGGGCUCGAUGUGUUUUGCCUACUGUAUGUGAACACCUUGACGCUUUGAAAAGAACGAAGACGUGAUGAACAAAUAUUUAUAAAUGGGAACAAUUAUUUACAACUGAAACCAAAAAUAUUUUCCUUCAUGAAUUCUCCCAUAGGAGGUAGGGACGGUGCAGGCGUUGCAGGGGGUCAGUGUCUUCCAGGUGGAGGGCUACAACCUGAACGCUAAUGCAUCGCUGAUUCAACUGAGGUCAACAGUUGACAAGAUUCGCCAGGUAAGUCAUUUUCUGUACUCUUUCAUGCCCUCUUUUUUAAGGAUUUUCAUCAUUCACGUUUUAGAACAAUGCUCUCCGUCAGCUGGGAGGGGCGUGGCACUGCCUGGUGGUGGUGGUGGUGAGUGAUGACCCAUCCUUCCUCGCCGCCUUCACUCACCUGUCACUCCGGCGUCACGCCCUCAGGUGGUCCACGAGGAUCCUUGUUCUCACUCGCCUCCCUCUCAGCCACCUUGGAGGCCUGCACGGCCUUCUCUCCACCAGGAACGCCAUGCUGCUCCUCGCGCACCCAGACGAGAAAGCUGUCAGGUGACCUGACGCGUUGUUUCAGCACCUUAAAUUUUUAUAAAAUCAAGUGGAUGAGCUUUGCACACACUAAAAUUACCAUAGUUGCAAAUGAGUGCUUUCGAACGCCUAUGAUGACAGGAGUGUUGGUGUGUACGUGUCGUCACCAUACAGUUCACCCUCCGCCCGGCCCCGGAAAGUGGACACCUGGACACCCAACACCACGUGGACACGUGCUACUCACCUUUUCCCAGAAAAGUUCUUAGUGUCGGUGUCCAUCACUUUACUAGUGUAUAAUGAUAUCCAAAUAUGUAUAUUUUUCAAUCCAUACCUAUCCACCUAUCUAUUAUGUUCAUUAUAAUAUUUCAAACAUGAUCGACCUCAGUCUAAGUCUAUGAAUAGUUUCUUAAAAUUAGUACCAUUAAAUUAUACUGUUCUUACCCUUACUUCUACCAAAUAUCUGACAACAUAGGUUCGGCUCAGCGCCAACACUGACAAUCGGGAUCGAGCUAAUGCCUCAGCACAAGCUGUCGUGGGAGGAGGACCCACACGCCCCUGAUGGACGCCGUCUAGUUUACACUGGCACCUUGGAUAAAACAGUCCAGUACUUCGCUAAAGGAAUGAACUUCACGUACAGAUACGUGCUGUCUCUCGAUAGGACUUUCGGCACCAAGCUCCCUAACGGAUCGUGGACUGGCUUGAUGGGAAUGAUCGUCAGGGAGGAAACGGAUUUCGGAUUAGGCCCCUUCUCGCUAUCGCCGGUGAGGGUAGCCGCCGCUGACCAUACCGUCCCGAUGUGGACCGGAAAUAUGAAGAUGGUGAGUGGUCUGACUGGACUACAGGUAGACCCAUGGGGCUUCCUGCUGCCCCUCAGGUCCAUUGUGUGGACAGCCACCCUGGCAGCGAUGCUGGGUGUGCUGGCUGCGCUAAAAAUCUUUUCCUCUUGUCUGUCUAAGGAGACGCUUUGCCAAAGCGGCUGGCCCGCCAACACCUUCAGCCCUGUGCGCGUCCUCCUACAGCAAGACGUGGAGUGGCCCACAGAGUGGUGGUGGUGGGAGCGUCUGGUGCUGGGGCUGUGGAUGCUGACUACGUUGGUGUUGACCAGGAGCUAUGCCGGCAACCUCAUGUCCCUGUUGGCCGUGAGAUAUUUGCCACAGCCCUUUCAGACUUUAAAAGACGUCCUGGAUCACCCGAGCGUGGCCAUGAUAUGGGAAAAGCAUUCCAAAAGUGAACAGUUUCUCAGGGAUGCUGAGUCCGGUAUGUUCAAAGAAGUGGCAGAGCUGGAACAGAAGGGUCGUCUUGAGUUCCACACGCAGUCACAGUUCCUGGAGAGUCUCAGUACCCUAGUGAGGGUCGGCCACCACGUGCUCGUUAUCGGGGACAUCACCAUCAAGAGCUUAGUAGCUUCGUACGUUUCCCAUACAGGCAAGUUUUCAGUCCGUAACAAUUUUUUCUAUAGAUUGACUGACUGAUUUAAUAGCUUCAGGCACCCCAACAUCACGGUCAUACACCGCAGCUGAAAAACAUUCAAAGCAACUAAAAUGGUAAGUUAAAAUAUUAAUGAUAAUAAUAAGUGUGGUAUGGUAAAAACAUAAUAAAAAUCACUA